UGGCUGCUUGAUACAAUCAAUCAAAUGGUAAAAGUUUCCGAUAUUACAUUACAUGACGAGGAAUUUGGGCAUGGGCACAUACGGCCGUUUCCUCUUUCCAUUUGUUCGGGUGGUGGAGUGAUUGGGGGUGAUAUGACGGAGAAAAGGACGCCUUCCAUGGCCACAGGCCGUAGGGACGGAGGAGCUGAAGUGGGAAGGAGGAGAGAAACGGGAGCUAGGUUCUUCCGGGUUCCCCGCCCGCCUCAUAAACCACGCACCUCUCGUCUCGUCAGCCAUGACUGUGAAAGAAAGAAAAUAAAUUGGGAUGGACGCCGUCCCCACCCCACCGCCUCCAGUGGUCCAAGUCCAACCUGGUGGGCGCGCCCUAAACAAACAGAUCACCACCUUUUCAACUCCUCCUCCAUUCCCAUUAGCAGCCAAAUCGGACUCCCUUCCAAAAAAAAAGAAAAGAAUAAAGAGGUAGGGGAAGAACAGCGGCAGCACGGAGGUGAGCCGGAAGACCAAAAACCCAACCGUCAACGGACGAAACCCCGCGCACCUUUGAAUCUCAUUCCCCGCUGCCGUAGGCUGCACGUCUCUCUAGACCAUCGGCGCAGUUGCGGGAGAGGUGAUCAGGAGUUGGUUUACAACUUUAGUAGUAGUUGACUAGUAGUAGUUGUAGCGAGGUUUACGCCUUCUUCUUCUCCCCCAUCAUCCCAUAUAAUAAAAACCUGCCCUUCCACUUCCUUCUCCCACUUCAAGCCCCCAAAUUCCCAAUCCCCUCUCUCCUCAUUUCCUCAGCCUCGCCAGGCACUGCGCUAUGGCGGACCCUGGCUCGUUUGACGAGGAGCCCAGAGGCGUUCUCGUCACCGGCAAGGUCAUGGUGGCGUCCAUCAUCCUUCUCUUCGCCGUGGUCGUCUUCGUGAUGCUGCUUCACCUGUACGCCCGUUGGUUCUGGGGUACCGGCGGCCGGGUCUCCCGCUCCAGGAGGCGCCGUUUCGUCUUCACCACCGACCAGGACCCGGUCAGAGUGCAGCGCCGGGGGCUCGAUCCCGCCGUCAUCCGCUCCCUCCCGGUCUUCGACUUCCAGGCCAAGAGUCACGAGGACGGCCUCGAGUGCGCCGUCUGCCUUUCCGAGUUCGAGGAGGGCGAGAAGGCGAGGUUGCUGCCGGCUUGCCGUCACAGUUUCCACGUCGACUGCAUCGACAUGUGGUUUCACUCCCACUCCACCUGCCCCCUUUGCAGAACCGUCGUCAAGGUCGAGCCGACCGUCGUUGCCACCUCCACCUCCGAGGGAGAGGUCAGAAUCUCUAUCGCGGUGGCAUCAACUGAAGGCGGUGCCGAUCAAUCCCAUGCCGUAGAGGAGGUAAGAACAACAGGGGAUGAGGGGUUCAGCUUCCCGACCAAUGUCCUUUUCUGGGGAAACCAGAGCAGGAUGGAUUCUGGGUGUAGUGCGGCGAAUUGCGAGGAGGGCACUUCCUCUUGCAAGCCCCACUCCUCGAUUUCGAUCGACAUCCCACCUAGAGGUGUCCUGGCCUUGAAUUCGCCGAGGGGAGAACUCCUGAAUUCAGCAAGGAUGGUGGAUGAUGAAUUUGGUGGGAUUUCGCCCGGUGGAUUGUCGAUGAAAUCGCCUAACACGCGGAUGAGAGCGCUCAGAAGACUCCUCAGCCGGGACAAGAGGCCUGUGACAUGUGGGUCGCCCUCUGGGGACAGGAGCAUGGAGGAGAAGGUGUCCGCAGAUAGUCUUAAAACUUCUUCAUCUUCCGUCUGAAUUUCACGGUUCGGAUUGACUGUCUAGAGGACGCAUGUGAUGCUUCGGCGGGCUAGAUUUCUUUCUCCUGCAUCUGGUUUGCCUCUACUAAAUGUUGGCAGUCGUCUAGGACAUUCGCUUCUUCUUCGAAUGACGACCGAUUGCUUCGUGGUAGCUGGGAGAAAGCAUGUGAAGGUCAACAAUGAUGUAGAGAGCCUUGCGUGGUGAGGAUUUCCUGCUCUGCUGCUUCGCGAUUUUCUCGCGUUUUCUUCGUGUAUAAGAAUUAGCAAAGGUGAAAGAUGGGAGGAGGUAGCGAAAAGCGUAUGGCAUCAUGGACGCUUGCUCAUCUCCCUGAGGUGAUUCUUUCUUAUAGAAUUUUUGUUUGUAAUUACGGUUUCUCUAGAGCCAUUGAAAAGGUCCAUUCUUUAAAUAGAUGUACAGGCAAACAUCACAUUGAUGUUUCUUUAAAUUGGUUCUUUCGUGUA